UCGGAGCGUAGCCUGCGGGAUACGGCUCUCUUUCCGCUAUCAGAACGAGGCUUGAGGGGCAGGUCUUGGAUCAGAGCAAGUUUCGAUGGGCGCGGUUGCUCAGGCUGAACAACUAUACAGUUGGUUCCACUCCUGACCCUUUGGACAUCAUGUGGGUUGGAUUGAAACGGACUUAUGGAUGCUCAGAUAUUUCAGUCAAGAGUAUUAUCAAUAAAGCCAAAAAGAAAAAUCAGGAGUAUGAAUGUGAAGAUGUUGAAGCAUCAGUAGAUAGUAUACAGCGAAAAGCAGCAGCUGUGAGGGAAAACUCCUCCCUCCUAGAGUUAAAAUUGCGACAGCUCUGCAGGCGCAUCAAAGAGGACACCAUGAAGAAACACAAAAAGAUUAAAGUUGAUUUAAGCAAGAAACUCAGAAAGAGAAGCCUGACUGACGAGAUUGGCUCAUCAAGAUACUGCAACCCCAAUGAAAGUUUAUGCCAGACACUUGAAUAUGUUGUUGCCACAAUGUCUGAUCUGGAGGUGAUGAUGACAGACAUUAUAAACACCAUUGAAGAGGACCCCAGUUCAGACAGAAUGCCAGAGAAGGAUCCUGUAACAUCCAGGAAGGAGUCUGAAACUCGAAACAUGCCACACCAGCCUAAAUCUUUAUCAUCAGUGUUAGAGGAAGUCAGGAAGACACUAGUGGAUUUUAACUCUGAAUACCAUGAGGAUACUGUCCUUACAGAAGAAGUGUCCAAGCAGACUGACAAAGUCAAAGAGAAGAUGAGCAGUUUACUGAGCCAGUGGGAGGUCAGUCAAGAACAAGAGUCCAGUUUGCAUAAAAUGCUUGGAGACUUCAGAAAUGAACAAAUGACCAUUUCUAUCAGCAUGAAUGAAUCUUCUGAUGCAAUAUCAAAAAUUGCAGCAGACACCAGUGAUCUCACGGGAAUUCAAUCACUUUUAGAAGCUAUCCUGGUCGAACUACACAGAGCCAAUGACCUGAGUCAGAAAAGCGGCUCCUUACUGACCAAGCCCCAGAGUGGGAAUGUUAUUGAAUGCUGCUUCAGUGCCGAGGCUGUGCAACAGGUUCUGAAAAAAUCAACAUCCUCGAUAGCAGAGGAAAUUCACCGCAUGGAGGACAGUACAUAUAAGGAAGUGAAGAGCUGGAGGCAAAAGGUUGAGGACUUGCGUCAUCAGCUGCACCAGGAACAUUUUCGUUGCUGCACGAUGGAGUCUGAAAUUCGUCUUCUCAGAGAUGAAAUAAUGCGGCUGCAGAAGCAUCUGUUCUACCAGCAGUCAUCUGAAAGUUUGAAAAAAUCUGACACCGAGGACAUCUUCCGUAAAAUUUGUGAUAUAUGUGACCGUGUCCAAGAACUCAGCCAGGGGACCAGUCUCCCUUUACAAGAUAAAAAAAGCAGCUUCACCGUGUCCUCAGUGCACCGAGCCCGACAUUCUGAGGAGCUGACUGCUGAAUUCUCAGGUGAUAAAUAAGCUUA